CGCGAAACCUGACUGCGGUCAUAUAUAAGCUGAGGUAUGUCUGUGUCCUUCACGCUCACAACCGGCUUCCAUUCUUGGUGGACGAACCGUACUCACAGGUUUCCUGAGGUGUUUGCGGUUACGGCGAUAUUCCUGACCGUUGGAGUUUCGGAUGAUGUACGAGCGUCCGUCCUCCAAUGCGCUCGCCACCACAGCAGGCUUCCACUGUCCGUUAUUUUGCUGGGCAUAUAUGUUGGCUCCGUGUUCAAGUGUGAAGUUUGCCGGUGAUGGGCAGGACUGAGCGAAGCCGUCUGCUCAUGAGAAGCUGUGCUGGUGAUUUAAAACCAUCGACGGGUGCAUUUCUAUGCUCCAGUAUGCUCAGGUGAUAGCUGCAAUGUUCCUCCUCCGAUUUUUCGUGGAGCGGGCCUUUGAACAUCAGUUCCGCGUGUUGUCGGAAUCUCCUCCAUGAGUGAGGCAAGUCGAGGGAAUCCCAGUCCAUCCUGGGCAUCGGAACACCAGCGGAGUCCAUCUUCUCGUCUGUUGUGAAUUGGUGUCUAAUUGUCAGCUACAAAAAGUCCAAAAAGCUCUUUGUAGAGCUAUUCCCUGAGUGUGUGUCUUUGCCUUUCCAGCUACAAAAAGUCCAAAAAGCUCUUUGUAGAGCUAUUCCCUGAGUGUGUGUCUUUGCCUUCCAGCUACAAAAAGUCCAAAAAGCUCUUUGUAGAGCUAUUCCCUGAGUGUGUGUCUUUGCCUUCAUUUUUCACUGCCCUCCACUCUCACCAAAUUGUUAUUUCAAGCAUGGACGCAAAAUCCAGGAGGCAGCUUUACACAAGGCAGUGGAAAUGUGCCAGGAGGUCACUGGCUGAAAGGAGCAUCAGAGAGCGAUUAAAAUGCAACCCAAAAACACCCCAACAACUUCAAGAUCUUAAUAACUUCACUGAAAGAAAUCACCAUGACAGGAACAUCCGGAGUGCUUUUGAGUGUGGAGAGAUUGGAGUCAGUGGAGUCUCAGACGAAACAUGUAGUUCGGGAAAAGAAAGUGUGGAACAUAGGACCAGUGAAGAAAACUGCAAUUCAGGACACGAGGGUGGAAGUUAUGCAGUCAGUGAGGAAAACUGUAGUUCAGGACCUGAAGAUGUGGAAAUGCCCCCAGCCUCACUUACAAUGUUUCUGCAGGAGUGGAGUAUGAAACACCUUAUACCACAUAAUGCCAUUGAUGACCUCCUGAGGGGACUUAAACAUCAUGGCCAUCCAGAAUUACCAUUAACAGCAAGAACCUUGCUGAGAACUCCAAGGCAAAUCGAAACUGUUAAAAUGUCAGGGAUGGAAUGUGUUCACUUUAACUUAAGAGAGAGCCUAAUUGAACAACUAAAGCACUACCCAAAGGAGAUGACCGAACAAAUAGGAACACUGGAGAUAUCAUUCAAUAUAGAUGGACUGCCAAUUUUCAAAAGCAGCAGGGUACAUCUUUGGCCCAUUCUCUGUGCCAUUCAUCUGACACCAACCAGAGUCUUUCCUGUGACUUUGACACUUGGUCCUUCCAAACCUACAAAUCUGGAUUUCAUUGAGAAAGCUAUAGGAGAUAUUCAGGAACUCAUUGAAAAUGGAUUAGAGGGAAAACAAAUCACAAUUAGAUGUGUUGUCUGUGAUGCCCCCGCAAGAGCAAUGGUUAAAAGGAUCAAGCAAUAUUCGGGUGAUUAUGUGUGUGACAAAUGCACACAGAAGGGCAGAUGGAUUUCUGGGCGCGUGACCUACCCGCAGGUGGACAAUCUCAUCUUACACACCAAUGAGACAUAUCGUGCUGAAAUGGCCAGACGGCAGCAAAUUGAUGACAUUCCAAUGUCUCCUUUUUUGAGGCUCCCACUGGACAUGAUAGAUCAAUUCCCAAUUGACUACAUGCACCAAGCCUGUCUGGGUGUGAUGAAAAAACUCAUCACAGAGUGGAUUAGAGGAGACAGAAAGGUGCGAAUGUCUGCUGGUCAAACACAAGCGGUAAGCCAAAGGCUGCUGUCCCUCAAGGCGGCCAUUCCAAGCUGUUUCCCCAGAAAACCAAGGGCUUUAGAGGACAUGGACAGGUGGAAGCCAACUGAGCUGCGUCAGUUUGCUGUGUACACUGGCAAGAUUGUGCUAAAGGGAAUACUGUCUGACCAGCUGUAUGACCACUUCAUGGGAUUCAGUGUCGCUUUGAGCCUGCUUCUUUCACCCAGCUUGGCAGUGGACUACAACAGCUACACCUCUGAGCUGAUGAAUUAAUUCGUCACAAAAACAAAAGACCUAUAUGGCGAGCAAUUCAUGGUGUACAACAUCCACUCAAUGACACACCUUCCAGCAGAAGCGCUGCGUUUUGGCAGUCUUGAUGCUUGCAGUGCAUUCCCAUUCGAGAAUUUUCUUGCAAAGCUCAAGCGACUCGUAAGGUCAGGGAAGCAGCCACUUGUUCAAGUCACCAAGCGGUUGAUGGAGAUUUCAGUCUCUCCACAGACCACGUCUGUGCUGGCCACAAAGGGCAAAUUGUCAAGACCCAACAAUGCCUUCAUUCUUGGCCAAGAAAAAUGUUGUGAGGCCAUUGAGGAGAGGACUGAGUUAAAUGAAUCUGGAUCCCCUGUGGUAUUAUGCAAAGUGUUCGAAAAAUGUGAACCACUUUUUGAAGACCCAUGUGAUUCCCGGAUACUUGGCUGUUACAAAGUGCAGGCAAGGCAAUACACAAUGAAACUUGUGCCAGAAGAACAGCUGACAAGUCCUGCCAUAAUGCUGGAAGAAGCACAGGAGACUCUCUCACACACACACUUUCUCUCUCACACACACUCUCUCUCUCACACACACACACACACACACACACUCACACUCCCUCUCAAUCUGAAUUACUAAAAGUAACAUUUAAACUGAUGUCAUGAGAGGCUACACAGUUUUCAGCAGGAUGGUUCAGUCCAUGUAGAUUGUGGCCAACCCAAUAAUAAGCCCUUCAGAUCCUGAUCAGUCCCAGGUGUGUGGGAAUACUGAUUUAUUUGAGGGGUGGAGUUCCCGACAAGCCCAGCAGAUGAAGCCAUAGCUGUUUGUGAUUGAAGCCAUCUCAGGGAAAUGCACCAUCCCUCCAGGACACAGCCUCUAGUGACAUCACAAAACAACAAGCAAAGAUAAAUAAAUAAAAGAAAAAUUAGAUGGAGAAAAAAACUUUUGCAGUAACUGAAUUUGCAGAUGACAAUUCAGUAGAAAUUGUCCCAAGUACUUGGUUGGAGGAAACCACUGAAGGAACAUUUUGUUUCUGGACCUUCACCAACACAAGACAGCUAGUAAAAAAAAUGCCUUGCCUGACAAACAAAAGUGGAGGCGCUUCCCUGUAAAAAAGAUUUGGCUACAAACAAACUCAUAUGAAAAGGCAUUCCAUAAAUGCCAAGAAGCAGCUGAAACAUCAAAUAUCAAAACUGACACAUCCCUUAAAAAGAGGCCACACAAAAAGCCCAAAAGAUAUGAGUCCGAAACUGACAUUUCAUCAGAUGAUACCCGGAAUCAAAGUCGUUUAAAGGACAGGGCAAAGAUCCAAGCACCAUGAAGUACAGCACAGUACCUAAGGCCCAGACGUUUGCUGGCACGGCGUGGAAUUUCUCAGCCUUUUUGAUCUCAGGCGGGGUCCAACAUGGAGCUCCUGUACACAAAACCUGCUGUUUCUUUUACAAAAUGACUCAACAUGAUGUUUCAAUACUCCGCUAUAUUAAAAAAAUUCAGCUCACCUACAAAGUCGAAGGUCUUAUAUGCCUCAUGCGUCAGAUAAUGUCCAGCCCCAAAGUCAAUUAACUUCAGGCUCAUUGUUGAUUGCUGCACCAAGAAGUUCCUGGCAUGGAGGUCGGUGUGGAAAACUCCAUUAUCCAGACAGUGUUGCACUGCCAGUACCGCCUGACGCAUGAGAUGUCUUGCUGUAUUUUCACUUAGUCCUCUAUGAUUUGUAACAAAAUCCCACAAGGAUUCGCUGUGCAGUGGGUACUCCAACACGAGCGUGUAAAAGUGUUUAGUCUCGUACCAGUCAUACAUCUGUAUGACAUUGGGGCAUGAGGGCGCAUCUCUUAACUUAAGCAUCAGCGCCACUUCUGUAAUAAUUGGUUUGGGGUAUCCAGGCUGGAGAAAAAAAUGGUCAACAAAUUACAAUUUGAUGAAACAAAUAUCUUGUAUUGGUGCGUAAUCGCUAUACUGUCUAUUUUUUGUUUAGUUCACUACAUCAAAUUUUAUGACAACUUACAAUCUGAAGAGUGCUUUCAUACUUUCGUUUGUUUAUUUGCUUGAUGGCAACCUGUAAAGAGAAAAAGCACAAAAGUUAAUUUCUCUUGAGCAGACUAAAGCGGCUCACCUGACACUGCACACAUAACUUUAAGGUUUGAGAAUCUACAAACUUUAAAACAUGGUUUAGAUCAAGUGGACAUACAAAUUUCAGCAAACAUUGUGUUUGAUAUAAAUACGAGUGCAUUACCGGAGUGUCAUCCGAUAUACGGAUCCCUUUGUUCACUUUGCCACCGCACCCUUCCCCAAGCACUUGAUACAAAAGUUGAUAUUCAGAAUCAAAAGGCUCUGAAAAACACACAGAAAAAUGAUGAGGUGACAGUACAUGUUAACACUCAUAUACUCACAGAUGAAAGGUACAGCAUACAUUUCCAGGUACAGAAGAAUAUGUUAAAGAAACCAUUUCACUUAUUGGUGCAAAGUAGGAGUAAUGAAGUCAGUACACUCACCUCUAAGCACUGAGCGAUUAACUCGUUUCUUCUCGCUUGGCGGUUCAAAAGCUUGUUGAACAACAUCUAUAACUUUUGGCCUGACAACUUUAUCAUCUUCUGGCGAGGGAUCUCUGGGAUUUUCAAAAGCUUUUGGUGUGGGAAUUUUAAAUCUACUUGGUUUAGGAAUCCAAACACGUCUGGGAUUUUCAAAAGCUUUUGGCCUGACAACUUUAUCAUCUUCUGGCAAGGGAUGUCUGGGAUUUUCAAGAGCUUUAAGAGCUUUUGGCCUGGGAUUUUUACAACCUUUUGCCUCAGGAUUUCCAUCUUCUUUUGACCCAGGAUUUUUUGCUUUAUUUGGGUCAGGAUUUCCACCACCUUUUAACCCAAUAUUCUCUGGAAUGGCACCUAACGUCUUUAGCCUGGCAUUGGCUGCAGCGAUGCCACCAAAACUGGCCAGAUCCACACCAUCCAUGGCAUCAGGAAUAGCUAGAUCGGCAUCUUUUUUCACUUUACU